UCUUCAGUCUCCCACAGUCAAAUCACCCGCUUGUACAGUCGCUUCACCAGCCUAGACAAAGGAGAAAAUGGCACUCUUAGCCGUGAAGACUUCCAGCGGAUUCCAGAGCUUGCCAUCAAUCCACUGGGAGACAGAAUUAUCAAUGCCUUCUUUCCAGAAGGAGAGGACCAGGUGAAUUUCCGUGGAUUCAUGAGGACACUAGCCCACUUCCGACCCAUAGAAGAUAACGAAAAGAGCAAAGACCAGAAUGGACCAGAACCACUGAACAGCCGAAGUAACAAGCUCCACUUUGCUUUUCGGUUAUAUGAUCUAGAUAAAGAUGACAAGAUUUCCAGGGAUGAGCUUCUUCAGGUAUUACGGAUGAUGGUUGGUGUAAACAUUUCGGAUGAGCAGCUGGGCAGCAUUGCUGACAGGACAAUCCAGGAAGCUGAUCAGGAUGGGGAUAGUGCCAUCUCCUUUGCAGAGUUUGUAAAGGUUUUGGAGAAGGUGGAUGUAGAGCAGAAAAUGAGCAUUCGAUUUCUUCACUGAUGGAUGGAGAACCUUUCUACCCCUACUAUAUAAUGAAUAGAACUUCACUUUCUCCUUAGCACCUUCCCCCAGAGCAUUGCUACUGGUGCAUAUACAAUACAUCUCCAACCCCUCCCUGAUUUGUUCUACCAAUGUGAACAUUCCCUGUGCAUCAGGAACAAAGGGAAAUGGCUGCCAUGCAACUUGGAAAGGAGCAUUUUUUUUUUAAUCUUUUCCUUCCAUUUUUUUUACCCUUUCUCCCUUGUCUCCUGCACUACUGUUUCAGCAAAAAUGUCUCUCCUUAUGUACUGCUGUUUAAUCUACAAACUGAUUCUUCUGAGCUCUGAAUCUGAGAAUGGAAAAAUGGGAACAUGCCACAGAAGCACCCUCUGAAACACUUUGGAGACAAGCAUCUACUGAAAUAAUAGGUGCAGUGAUAAUGAUUCACUUUUGCUUCCAGUAGCAACACCACACUACAGCUGCCUUCCCCC